UUUGUCGGUGAUUAGUGGCAGAAGUUUUACUCGAAAUGCGCACAUUUGUUUGCCUCGCCCUGGCGGCCAUCCUUUUGGUCGCCGGCUCCUCAGCAGCCACAUAUGAUCCUGCGGCCCAGCUCCUGGCCGUGGAUGCAGGUGUUCAGGCUCCAUCGGCCGCUCGGCAAGUUCGUCAGUUUGGAGGCGGUUUUGGAGGAGGCGGCUUUGGAGGACGACCAGGAGGUGGCUUUGGAGGAGGACCUGGAGGCGGCGGUGGCUUUGGAGGUCCAGGAGGCGGCGGUGGCUUUGGAGGUCCAGGAGGAUUUGGAGGUCAAGGAGGUGGUUUCGGAGGUCCAGGAGGCGGUGGCUUCGGAGGCGGUGGCUUUGGAGGACCUGGAGGCGGCGGUGGCUUCGGAGGACCAGGAGGCGGCGGUGGCUUCGGAGGAGGUCCAGGAGGCUUCGGAGGCUUUGGACGCUAAGGUCCAACCAGCAAUCAUCUGUGACUGACUAAGCUUAAAACACUAGAAAAAGAAUGUGUAAUUAAGUGCAUUCAAGCACGUUCUAAUUAAGUUCGAAAUAA